CCUCUUCAUCAUCUUCAUCAUGUUGCUGCUUCUUCAUGUGCUGAUGCUGUCGCUUCUCUCCAAUGGUUCGGCCAAAGUUGUGCAGGAUUUUGAGAUUGAAUGUGGUCAAUUUUUUGCAAAUAGAAAAUCACCAACAAGAUUUUCUAAACCACAAUACAGGCAGAUCUGCCAAAAUCAAAAUAAUGUUUUUUAUUAUGCCACAUUCUAUGACACUGACAAGAAGAUUCCCGUUUACUCAGCCUACAAGUUUGAAGGACUAAUGAACUGCACAAGAGCAAAUGCUUGGUACAUUGAACCUCAGCUUGAUGACAAUAAUGCACCCCCAGACAUGAAACUAGAGAAAGAUGUGAAAAUACAAGGACUUGGAGGCCAUCAAGCUCUCAAUGAUAACUAUAUGAAAUCUGAAUAUGACAGAGGUCAUCUGGCACCAGUCUUCCAGGCACAGUCACAGAGCUGUGCUGAUGCCACCUUCACUCUCACCAAUGCUGCUCCACAAAACCGCUCUUUUAACCGAGGUCAGUGGAGGGUACUAGAAAGAAACAUUGCAAAAAAUCUGUCCGAUCAAUGUCUACCAAAUAAGUAUUCUGUUUAUAUUGUGACAGGAGUGGUACCUGGUACUAAAAACAUAAGCGAUACAGUCAACGUGAUAGUGCCUAGUCAUUUCUGGACUGCAUACUGCUGCCUAGACAACAAUAACAAAUGCCAGAUCUCAGGAGGAUUUAUUGGAGUGAAUGAGAACUUCACUCCCGAUUACAUAUCUGUAAAUUAUUUAGAGACAGAGUUGGCAAAGUUGUAUAAUUUUACAUCAUUUAAUUUGUUUGAAAGAUCUACAGAACCCCCAGCAAAAAAACAAAAAGAAUCAGAAUACAAUGAAAAUAGCCUCUUACAAAACAAAGCACCAAUGAGCUGUUGUCUGAAAGAGAAACUUUAUCCAAUGUUUUCUUUGGUGUUCUUGUUAUUUCUAACUAAAUGAUUAGAUGAAUCAU